AAGCCAGCCGCCAAAAAAUAUCAAUGUUAUUUCACGUCCACUUCUUGACGUAAUUCGUUGUUCUUGUUUGUGAUUCCUAAAAACAUAAAGAUGAAAUCCGUUAUGAUUGUUCUUCUCGCAUUUGUGGCCAUGGCUGCAGCACAGGGUGUGCAUAUUGUCGACAACAAUCCUUCCCAUGUACAUGUAGUUGACAACAAUCCAAGUCAUGUUCACGUUGUUGACAACAAUCCAAGUCACGUUCAAGUAGUCGACCACAAUCCGAGUCACGUUCAAGUAGUCGAUCACAAUCCGAGUCACGUACACGUAGUCGACCACAACCCGAGCCACGUUCAAGUUGUGGAAGAAGCCGACAAUCACAAUAGUUUCAACAAGCCUGUAUUCGCUCCCGACUCCGGCUUCUACGUACCCCACAACCCAAACAAUGGCUACGAGCAAAUAAGUGCUGAGCCUGCCUUCGUUGACCAAGGAACUUUCCAGAACAGACCUUACCCAUACUUCAAGCAUUCCGACCCAGCUCUCCGCGGGGGAAAGUAAACGACGAAACGUAUACAUGAACCGAUUCCAAUAUGUCUAUAUGUAUUUUUAUAUGAUUAAAUAAAUAUAGGAUUUGUUAAAAACCUAUUAAGUACAACACUUUUUUUUUCACUAGUAUUUGAUCAUAUUAAUUGUUCUAAUAAAAUAUAAGUAAAUAACAGU